CCCUCCACGCUCCCGGCCCCUCCCCUUUUUAAGGGAGGCGUGGACACAAUUUCCCAGCAGGCCUCGCGUUUCCUGCUCCGGCCCUCCUCGCCUCUCGCCCCGGCUUUUCCCAUCGUCCCUUGCGGGGCGGGGCAGCCAAAGUGGCUGAGUCCUGCCUGGCAACGGAGGAGAGCCGGAGAGCGAGGCCGGGAGGCGCAGGGCAGAGCGGCGCGAAUGGUGCUCGCGUGGCGGCUGCGAGUUCAUGUGGCGCCUGCUCCGCGGCACGCUGAGAGCCCUUCCCGGCCUGAGGAGGCGGCGGCCGCCGCAGCCGCGGCCGAGCGGUUCGGGCUCCGCCAGCGGCGCGCUGCCCGCCAUGGAGCGGGCCGUGGUGCGCUGCGUGCCGGCCGAGCCUAAGCUGAGCGUGUCCUUCGUGCUGGGCGACGGCAGCGCCCGGCACAUGCAGCGCGACCAGGCGGAGCCGCUGGGCCGGGCGCUGGCGCGCAUCGCCAACAACGCCGGCAAAGGCCACGCCAAGGCGGCCAAGAAGAGCAAGAAGGCGCGGGCCGAGGCCGAGGCUGCCGUGCCGCCGCCGCCGCCGCCCGCCGUCUGCCUCUUCUCCCAGGACGGCGAGGCCGUGGCCGAGGACGUGCCCAACGCCGAGGCCUGGCAGGACGGCGCCGUGCUGCAGAUCGGAGAGGCCCGCUACCGCGUGGAGCGCAACCCGCCGGCGCUGACGGAGCUGCAGCUGCCGCGCUCGCUGCUGGCCGGCUUCCCCGUCUGCCCCAAGCUGCGCGCCGAGUUCGGCUCGCCCCGCGACUGCCUCUUCCGCUGGUACCAGGAGCAGAAGGCCGAGCCGGCCGUGGGGACAGCGGCUGCCGCUGCUGCCGGAGGGGAAGCUCCGGGCGGCUGGGUGGAAGCUCCGGGCGGCGCGGAGCGGGUCUUCACGCCCAGCAACGCGCACAUCGGGCUGCGCCUCAAGCUGGUCUGCACGCCGGGCAACGGGCAGCGGCGCUACGGGCUGCCCCGCGAGGUGGAGAGCAGCGGCCCCGUGGAGGCCGGGCCGGGCGCCUGCACUUUCGACGCGCGCCACCUCUACACCAAGAAAGUGACCGGGCCGGGCCUCAUCCGCACCGUCACCUACAACGUCCUGGCCGACGUCUACGCGCAGACGGAGCUCUCGCGGACCGUGCUGUACCCGUACUGCGCGCCCUACUCGCUGGAGCUCGACUACCGGCAGAACCUGCUGAAGAAGGAGCUGGCCGGCUACAGCGCCGACAUCAUCUGCCUGCAGGAGGUGGACAAGUCCGUCUUCGCCGACAGCCUGGGCCCCGCGCUGGACGCCUUCGGCCUGGAGGGCCUCUUCAAGAUCAAGGAGAAGCAGCACGAGGGCCUGGCCACUUUCUACCGAAGGGACAAGUUCAGCCUCCUCAGCCAGCACGACAUCGCCUUGAACCAGGCGCUCCUCGAGGAUUCCCUGCACAAAGAACUGCGAGACAAGCUGGCCCCCUAUCCGGAGGUGCAGGAAAAAGUGCACCAGCGGUCCUCUGUGUUGCAGGUAGAAGUUAAAGGGAGAGGGGGAUAGGGAACUGGAAGUUUGCUCUAAACUAAGUAAGGGGACCAGAUCCAGAGAAAGGCAGGCUUCCUGUGCUUUUCAUGCAGAAAUUGAAUAGGUACGCCUUUUUCAAAGCUGUCUCUCCCUUAAAGGUUCACCAGGCUGCUUCCCUUUACAUCCCACUGCUUUGGGGCCAACUGCUCUCCCCUCAAUACUCUUCCCAGGCCACACACCUCAGUGGUCCUGUUCCAGGCCCUCUUCAGGUCCUUUUGUCUUGCUGGAAUGUGUCUGAAUUGUAGCAAUGCCUCUUGCUUGCCUUGAAUGGAGAUUUCUAUGUUGGGGGAGGGGAUAUGGAAACCUUUGAUUCUUGUGUGUGUCAAAAAUGCAUAAUAGUAAGAGUCACAUCCAUUGCUCUGGCUACUUUCUUUUACUUCUUGCCCAGCCCAUCUCAGGCAUUCAGCCUCCAGAUGGUUGCCCAUAAGGGAAUAGAAAGUUCCCCACCCCUGGUCUAUAGCUAGGUUUGAGCAGAACUUUUUUUUUUUUAAAAAAAACCCCAUCAGAAAUAGACCAUCAGUCAUGUAUCCUAAAUCCCCAAGCAGACAUUGCAUUGUUGUCUGUAAGUGCCUCUUUUCAUCUAGAGCAGAAGUAGGGAACCUGUAGCCCUCCACAUGCUGUUUGACUCCAACUCCAUCCACUCAGCCAGCAGAGCCAAACGGCCAGGAAUGUUGGGAGUUGUAGUUCAGCAACCUCUGGGGGUCAAGGGCCGGAGGGUUCCCUAUUCCUGCUCUACAACUUUGAUGUCAAAUGAAGGAUUGCUAGGCUGGAGUUACAGCUAGCAAUUCCAAAUGGAGUUCCACUUAAUACUUGUAAGCAGUGUUAGAAACUGAGAUAUGAAAACUAGGAAUUAAAUGGUACCUUAAACCUAGGUUAUGGAUGCAACAACAGAAUGUCUGGGUGCACUUUUUUAUAACAAGAAUACAGUGCUGAAAAUGAAUGAACUGCGGCUAAAAUAUUACGUUGAUUUUUCACAUGGUCUAGGCCUUCCUCUGCCCACUCCCCUAAUAUUCUUAAGAGGGUCUCUUCUCCAGUCUUCAAAGAGUAGCCAGAAGUGGGGAGGCAGAAAAAGGUCCUCCUUUCCUUCCACUCUGCCGUUUUAAUCUGAAAUCUUAGUUGUGGUACUGCGCCCAGAGCUCAGAAACUGCUGCUGCUAAUGAAAUUCCCAGUCGCAAAAUGCGCCUAGAACAAUGGCGCAUUCAAACACUACUUGUAACAGAACAUGGCUUGGAAAUGGAUGCCAGGAUAUAAAGAAAGGGGAACAGAGUAAGCUUAGUUCAGUCCAGCUGGUUGACAGUGGGGGUGGGGUGAAUGAGAGACCCGCACAUCACAUCUAUUAUUUUAGGCCGGUAGCUUUACUAGUACAGAAUUGUUAUAAGAAGUCAGUUUUAAAAUACAGUAAGCCUGCAACCUAUGCAGGAGUUAUGUGCCAGGGUUCACACCCAAAGCGAAAAUCAUGUAUACUGUAGUAAAAAUCCAUUGGGUUCAAUGGUGGAUGAAGUUGCCCAAGUCAUUUUUCCUGGAAGUCUGCCCCCUUUCCACCUGCUAUCUAUCUAUCUAUGCAUCCAUCUAUCGCCACAUGUGUAAAGCUGAAUGCACACAAUAUAGAUGCACGUUGCCAGCUUACAGUACUUUCUGGCUUACCGUAAUUUCCAUGUUCCUUGUAGGUUUCUGUUCUUCAGUCAACAAACGAUUCUUCCAGAAAGAUUUGUGUUGCCAACACCCACCUAUACUGGCACCCAAAAGGUAAUUCUGUUAACAAUUCUAUGAACCGUUCUAGGGUAUAUUUUGGGCCCUGGGGUGGGUUAUAAAUUCAGUAUAUUUAUGUAUUUCAGUAUUUCUAGUCCACAUUUUCAUAAAAAAUACAGCAUGUGUUAAACAACAAACAAAAUUACAAUGCCAUCAGUAAAAGCUGGGGGGUGGGGUAGAAUCCAUGUUUCAAAGACCUGUCUGAAUAUCAUAUUUUUCUGGAGAUGUAUAAAAGUAGGCAGGAAUGAUUCCUGAUGUGGGGAACCACCAGAAGGAUCCAAUCAGAGGAUCUCAGUGGUCACAGUUCUAAGAGCCCAAGUUGUUUAGGGCUUUGUGAACUAGCACAAGAACCUUGACUCUAGCCCAGUAGCAAACUGGCAACCAGUGCAACACUCUCCUGUGAACAGCUGCUGCAUUAGUUGCAAUUUCCAGCUCAGAUGCACGGGCAGCUCCACAUAAAGCAAGUCUUGGGGUUAUCAAGUAGUAAUAUAUAUGCAGUGUGUGAAUCCUUCCAUGAGAGCUGUUGACUGAACUGACAUCCUGAGUAGUCUCAAUAAGGAAAAUGCUUCCUAGCCUAAUAGCUGGACAAAUGUGUCUAAUUCCAAAGGAAAAGAAAUACAGUGGUACCUUGGUUCCCAAAUGGCUUAGUUGUCAAACAAAUCUGCUCCUGAACGCCACAAACCCGGAAGUAAGUGUUCCGGUUUGCAAACGUUUUUCGGAAGCCAAACGUCCAAUGUGGCUUCUGACUGAGUACAGGAAGCUCUUGCAGCCAAAUGGAAGCUGCGCCUUGGUUUCUGAACGGUUUCAGGAGUUGAACGGACUCCCAGAACAGAUUAAGUUCAAGAACCAAGGUACUCCUGACACACCCUUGUGAUUUGUAACUAUGUGAGGCAGAAGAGCUGUUGUUAAGCAUGGACGGGGUUAAAUACUAUUUGGGGUGUGUGUGUGUGUGUGUGUGUGUGUGUGUGUGUUAGUGCUUAAGAUUUCUCAGCUAAACUAGGACUUGGCUUUUUUGAAAUGGCUUGUACUUGUAAGUGGUGAUAAAAAUUCCUUGGACGGUUUGGGGUGGAUGUUGAACGACUUAAGCUGAAUUUUAAGUCUUAUUGGUUGAAAUGACUUUAAGCCUGAAGGUUAAAAAUAGGUCCUUAUUUUUAUUUUGUCCUUAGGUGGGAACAUCCGUCUAAUCCAAGCUGCAAUAGCAUUGUCUCAUAUUAGGCAUGUAACACAUGACAUAUAUCCUUCUACUCCUGUCAUAUUCUGUGGGGAUUUUAAUAGCACACCAUCAAGUGGAGCAUAUAGUUUCAUCAGUUGUGGCAGCAUUGCUGAAGAGCAUGAGGAUUGGGGCUCAAAUGGAGAAGAGCAGCGGUGCACAAUGUCUUUAGCCCAUCCAUUCAGACUGAAAAGUGCUUGUGGAGAACCAGCUUAUACUAAUUACGUUGGAGGCUUUCAUGGAUGUUUGGACUACAUUUUCAUUGAUGCAAAUGCUUUAGAGGUUGAACAAGUAAUUCCACUGCCAAGUCAUGAAGAAGUAACCACUCAUCAGGCCUUACCAAGCGUUUCACACCCUUCAGAUCAUAUAGCACUAAUAUGUGACUUAAAGUGGAAGUAGACUAAAAAAAAGUUGGUAUCCGUUCCUUUCUCUUAAGCAAGAAAUUUGGGCUACUUAGGAGAAUUCAACUUGAAUCCUGGCUUGGCUACCAGCUUUUACAAAAGAUAAUUGGAUAAAAAGUGUUUAUAUGCCUAUUAGGAAUGUUAAACCAGAUUUUCAUCUCUCUGUAACUUGUCAUAACCAGAAUGUUCUUAUGGCAAAUACUCCCCCUUUUUUACACUAAUAAGGAAAGCAAUCAAUGUUUAAUGCUUCUUUUAAAGUUAAAUUAUCUUGUUUCCUUUUCAUAUGGUUUUUGAUUAAGGGUAUUUUGUUUAAACUGAAUUUAUAUAAGAAUUGGAACAACUAGAAGGGUUUUGGUAUUCUCAGCAAGUAGUAUGCCCUGUCAAUAUAUUGCUGUUGCCUUUUGAAAAGAUAUUCCUUGACAAGCUGCCAAAAUUGAAUACACUUAUGUUGACCCAACACAAAUGUCCAUAUCAAAAGUUAGCAUUCCAAAAAUGAUCUGACACAAUUACCUGCUCUCAGGCAUUGUUGGGGGGGGGCUGUCCAUGUAAACCAAAAUAAUUGUGCAUAAAUAAAUAAAAAUCAUGAGUAUAUGUGAAAGUGUUGAUUCCCCCCCCCCAGAGUAUGUAAAAGGUAAUCUACAGUGAUUCUGAAGUCUUUUGAUAAUGUACUGAAGUGUAAACAGAACUUGAAAAAUACAGUUUGUCUCAUUUGCUCUUAAUAUCGCAAUUGAUUUAUUUUUCUAGUUGGCUGUGUCUCUAUGCAAUGAAGUUCUGAAUUUCCAGUUAUGCAUGCUUCACAGCAUAGAAACGAUUCACUUCAAAAUGUCAUGUUAUGUAUGAUACAGGGCCGCUUUGGGGUGAGAGGAUAAAUCUGUAUACGUAUUAUAUAUUUAGAUAUAUAUUUGGGAAAAGUGACAUGGGAGGAAAAGUCUACAAGAGAAAGUUGCAGUAGUGUAGUCACAAGUUGACUAGAGCACAAGUUUAAGCAACAGGUAAAUGAGUAUGGGAACACAAAUGCCCUUAAAGAGGGAGUGGACUGUAUAAACCUUCAUAUAUAUACUGUAGGUUCUGAUACGUUUGUACCUUGUUAAAUGAGUCUGUUGCUUUGCUCAGCUGUAUGAGCAUAGUGGCCCCUCCAAGAACUGUUGAAGACAAAAUGUGGGCAGCCCCAAUGUGUACAAUCUUGCAUGAACACGUGAAAAAAUAACAGAUUUAUCUGCUAAUAACAGUGAUUAAGAGAGAGAACACUACUGAUUUGAUCUUCCCCCAGUUCUGCUAUCAUACUACUUGGAGCUAAACCAUGGUCUGUCUGAACCUGGGCUUUAAUGCCAGACAAAAGCUGUAACCAAGGUUUGUUCUUGGCUUACCUAGGCUUGCACUAAGCCAAACCAGGGCUCAGCUGUUGGUAACGUGCAGUAGGAGGACCAUGGGAAAGGUGAAGCAGCCCUGGUUUAGCCUGCGAAUAGCCGCACACAUUCAUGCUUUGGCAUGGUUUGCCUUAGUGCUGCAUGCAGACUGGGUCAUUGUAUGCUUACAAAUGCUUAGAAGCCCUCCUUUGUGCUGUAUCUGUGAUGCUUUAAAGAGCUCAGUGAUAUUGGAGACAGGGCUUGUGUGUGUGGCCCUUAAACCAUCUGUGUUGGGCCUUGCAUGUUCAGGAAAAUGCCUGAAUGGACUUCACCACCUUACUUAUCCAUACUUAUCCAAGUCUUUCCCUAACCUCUGCCUAUUGUUAAUCAGGUGUAGGUUACCCACUCUGUUCCCUCUUUAAAUCCCUCUUUAACUGUGCCUUAUUAUUUUUUAACAGUCCAUGUCUUUGCUCCUUGACCUUGCUUGCUAUUGCCAAUCAAUCCCCAAAGCACUUUUAUGCUUGUUGCAGGUUGAUUUUAAGUGUCUGCAGUUAAAUGUCUGUGGUUUCAGCAUACUAUUGGUAGGAGUGUUAAAUAAGAAUAAGUGCCAGAAAUACCACUCUAAAUGUUUUUGUCCAAGGAGGGGAGCUAACCUGUGGCCAUCCAGAUAUUGCAUUUUUUUUUUUAAUUAAUAUUUAUUAAGUUUUCAAAGAAUAACAACAAAA